GCAGUGGGAGCAGCAGUGCAGAAAGCGCUCUGGUGAACAGCAGCAGCAGCAGCUGAAAGUCGUGUAGCUACAAGCAUGUCUUCUUCACUGUCAGCCUACAUGUACCGCAGUGUCUGUCAGCAGAUGGGCAGUGUGGAUUUUAAAACCCUGGAUCAGAUGUUAAGACAGCACUUUACAAUAGCUGAUGAAGUUUUGCUGGACGUUCUCAACGACUUCGACAAGUUCCUGGUUGUUAAAGGUAAAGAGAAGAGGGGAGACCUCCUGCUGAGUCCAGACUCUGAGAUCAUCGCUAAAACAGACCUCAGACUGUGCCAAAACCAGUCCGGUCCGUGUGUGAACUGCCACGACCUGCACCUCUGCAGGUAUUACGUGUGUGGAAACUGCACGUAUGGGGCAAAAUGCCAUAAAGUCCACGCCAUAGAUCACUCCUAUAACACAGUUAUUCUGAACAAAGCAGGACUUCAGUUCCUUGGGAAGACUGAACUUUUUCAGCUGUUGCUGCAAAAUGACCCUUCCUUACUGCCAGAGGUUUGCUCUCAUUAUAAUAAAGGGAAUGGAGAACAUGGCAGUUGUAAGUUUCCGAAGUCCUGCAAAAACCUGCACCUCUGCCAGCACUUCCUGCAGGAUGACUGUAAAUUUGCAGCUGCUUGUAAACGAGCUCAUUCCUUUGAUGCCGCCGCCAUGAAAAUCCUGAAUGCCAGAGGACUCAGCCCCGAAAACAUUCACAACGUCUGCAAGAUCUACAAAAACAGGUUUCUGAUCUCCUCCCACAAAGAAAGGGGACCUUUUCUAAUACAGCCUGAGAAAGAAACCCCAUCUGUUCCCAUGGCAGCUUCUCUAUCUGUGGGACAAAGUCCAAAGCAGAGCAGCAAGUCAGUGAGUGAAAUUGACUCGAAUGAAAUCUGCCUUUUCUUCAUCCGUAAAGGAUGCAGCUUUAAAGACAAGUGUGUUCGUGUUCAUUAUCACUUGCCUUAUAAAUGGCAGGUUUUGGAUAAGGAUGGAAAGACAUGGAAAGACUUGAAUAAUGUGGAGGAGAUUGAGAAGGCCUUCUGUAACCCUGCUAAUGAUGCGAGUCCAGGACCUCAGGCAGUAAACUUCAUCUCGAUGACAUGUGGAAGGGCACCAGUGCGGCGUCUAUCCACAGCAUCUUCAAUUACCAAACCUCCCAAUUUUAUCUUGACCACAGAGUGGCUCUGGUACUGGAAGAACGAACAAGGAAUUUGGACUGAAUACGGUCAAGGGAUGGACACAAAGCAUGAAACCCCUCUCACCUCUCAGUCUCUGGAGAACGUUUACCAAGCUGACCCUCAAAGUGAAGUUCCUGUCAGUUCUGAGAACCACACUUAUGUUCUGUAUUUGAAAGAUAUGUUUCAGCAAAACGUUCUGUACAAAACCAAAAGAGAGAUUCGGAGAAGGCCUCGGUUUGUCUCAGGUCUCGAGGUGGAGAACAAGCUGAAAAGUGAAAGCUCCAGCAGCUCCUCUACAGUGGUGGUUCCUGCACACUGGGAUAGAGGAGCCCUGCCUGACUUUUCCUACAAGUUGGUUCCUUUGGCCAAAACAGAUGCGGAGUUCCUGAUGCUAGAGAAGCUGUUUCAGCAGACUAUGGCUAAAUACACAAUCGGCAGCAUCCAGAGGAACCAGAACAGCUCCCUGUGGAGGGUCUACCAGUGGCAGAAAGAACAGAUGAAAGAGAGGAAUGGAGGGAGAAAUGUGGAGGAACGCCUAUUGUUCCAUGGUACAGUUCAAUCUCUAGUACCAGCCAUCUGUGAGCAGAACUUUGACUGGAGGAUCUGUGGGACUCACGGCACAGUAUAUGGUAAAGGGAGUUAUUUUGCCCGAGAUGCCUCCUACUCUGAUGCGUAUGCUCAGCCAGGAAGCAACACCAAAAAGACCAUGUUUGUGGCACGGGUUCUGGUGGGCCACUACACCUUGGGCAACAGUAAAGUUGUUCGCCCACCUGCUAAAACUGCGGGCAAAGGCUAUUAUGACAGCUGUGUUGAUGACCAAAGCAAUCCCAGCAUUUUUGUGAUCUUUGAGAAGUACCAGAUCUACCCUGAGUUCAUCAUUGAGUACGGUCCAGAGCAGUCCAGAUGUUUGAUUUCUUAAGCAUAAACAGAGAUGUGAGGAUUGUGGUACAGCUUAGUUUAAAGACUUAUUUCAGCACAUUAGGUAUAUUUUUACUUAACACAUUUAUAUUUAAAUACAUCUUAUAUAUGUAUUUUACAGAACAUUAAACAAAAUAGCUGCAGUCGACAUGUUAAUCUUAAAUAAGUCUAACCUGUGUGAGGUGUUAGGUUUUUUAUUUUAGCUUUAUAAUUUGACUAUUUAUGCUCAAAUCUGUACUGUGAUGCACUUGUGUGAUAAUCAAAACGUAUUAUCAUGAUUAAUAUUCUUCUUAUUCUUCUUCUUAUUAUUAUUAUGAUUAUUAUGAUUAUUAUGAUUAUUAUUUUUUAGAGAAGCACUUUUCUGACCUCAAUUUUAACUCACUAAUUCACAAACGUCUGGAUGAAGAUACUCCACAAGGGGAUGCUGUUAGUACCUCAAUAGCUCAAUAGUACCUCAAUAGCUUUAGGCACUUGACACUACGUGUCCUUGUUUUUACCAUUACUAGCUGCUUAAAAUUGGUACUGGCAAAAUAUUUUCUGUUAUUUACACUAUAUAAACAAUGCAUUACAAAUGUAUGUAUAGAAAGUAUACAAGUGAUAUUUACUAUUACAGACAUUGAUUUUUUUUUAUGAUGUUAUCAUCAUAUGUAACUAUAAAAACUAAUUCCUCUAAUUAUUUAAUGGAGUGGUGUAUGAUGCGUUAUGAAUUGCUGAAAAAAAAAACAAUGUGAUUUACUUGUAUUUGUAGAAUUAUGUAACCACCGAAUGCAUAACCUGAUCACUUCUGUGAAGUACAACAGCUUUCUGAAUGCCAGCUGUGACUGACACUAUUCUUAAAUGAAGAUAAAUAAAUAAUGAGUGAAGGAAAAACUAUUAGUAUGUUUUGAAUCAGUGCUUAAUUAAACAUGUACAAUGUAUUCA